AAUAAUCCAUCAGAGAGUAAGUUUGUUGAGCUAAGCAAACCAACAAAUAAAAAAUGGAGAGGCGUCAGAGUGAGGAAGAAUUAAAGCAUAAGCUUCAAGAAUUGCAGAAGCAGUUAGGAAAGAAACAAAUGUUUGAGGAAGCUGUUUCCUCUAUCCGAUCCCUUCUUCUUCAAUACUAUCCUUCUGCUUCCCCUUCUCUUCGUCAUUCGUUCUAUACGGUUGUAUGUCGGGUUGCCACCAUUUUAAAGACAAGAUACACAAUGCCUGGAUUCUGGAAUGCUGGGCUUGGGUUAUUCCUUGAGGCCGAGCACCUGGUGUCAGAGUCUUCUGAAAAGAAACAUUUGCAAAGUUGCAUUAGUCAGGCACGAGAGCAGUUAGCUGAAGUACAGAAUGAAUCUCAGAAUACAACAGCCACAGAAAAUGGCUCAAAUAGAAGUACUGGAUACCUUUUUGAGGGGCAUCUAACUGUUGACCCUGAGCCUGAGCAGCCUGGUUGGCUUGUGCAGUCUAAUCUUCUCACUGCUGCUGCAACACUGUUUGCUGGUGAAUCCUCUGAAGGUCAUUUAUCCAGUGCUGACGCUUCAGACGGUGCUCGCAACGUACUUGAGGAGCUGGUUGCUAGACUAGAUAAUAUAAUCCCAGAGAUACUGGACGAUGGUCCUGCUGCCCCGAGAGCACCACCUGCCAGUAAAAAAGUUGUGGCAAACCUCCCAGUUACUACUGUCACAGAUGAAUUCUUGACGAAGAUGGGUGCAGAUGCGGAAUGUGCAAUUUGCAGGGAAGUGUUAGUUGUAGAUGACAAGAUGCAAGAGUUGCCCUGCAAGCAUAUGUUUCACCCCCCUUGCCUGAAGCCAUGGCUGGAUGAGCACAACUCUUGUCCAAUUUGUCGGCAUGAGUUGCUCACAGAUGAUCAUCACUAUGAAAGCUGGAAGGAGCGGGAAAAGGAAGCAGAGGAAGAAAGAAAAGGAGCUGCUAAUGCAGUUCGUGAGGGUGAAUACAUGUAUGUAUAAUGCACAAUACUCAAAUGCAAGCGAACAGCAAGCACAUGGAUCGUAUAUGGAUGAUUUUUCAGGAAGAUGAAGGACUACGAUAAUGAAUUCUCUAAAGUCUUGAGAACGAGUAAAAUAUAAUGUAAGCGACUUUGAGCUAACCAAUGUACCAAGUUGCUGGAAAACAUCUUAUUAGAAUACUGAAACUCUUUGUGCCAUUCUUUGAAAUAUUUUUUGUUCGUACAUAUUUUCAGUCAAAAGUCCUCGUGGUAAUUUGAUUCUCUA